GUUACAAAACACCAACCCACAAGGCCUUUGAAAGGGUUCCAGGACACCCUGAUCUCUCCUUCGUUCAUGUCCAAGCCGGCAACAUGACGAUGGGCCUUCAACUGAGACCGGCGCUUGCCCCUGCUCGCGACGUGUCAUCGUCUUCCGCAGACGCAGGAAUUCUUCAGUCGCAGUGGGAGGAACUUGCGGCGAAGCAUUGGCUCAAGACCAUUCCGUCAAAGGUCAAGCCUGACCUGAUCAAGACGGCCAUAUGGGAUCCCCUUGAGAACGAAUCCUUUCCCACUCGGUCGCUUGUCGCUCUUGAAAACUUACAGGUCCUCGAGAGAUUCCUCUGGCCCACCUUCGAUCUCGACUCUUCCAACCACCACGUCCUUCUCCUCGUCGUUUUCUUCAACGUCAAACAACGCGCCCACUUACAGGACUGGUCACUGUUCAUCGAUCGCCCAGAACAAUUUUCUAGUUUCUUCCGUCGCGUCCUCUCUCUCAGCCUCGACCCUUCCCUCUCCAUCUUCUCCCGAGUGUCCCUCCUCAACUUCAUUAUCGGGGCCUUUCAGUCGCUGGAAAAUGACCAUGUCCGCAAAGAGGCUGCCCCUCUCGUCUCAAUAGCACUCUGGCACAAUUUGCACGAUGACGCUGCACGAGAAAAGCUACUGGACGUUCAACCAGCCCGGCGCAAGGCUUGGAGAGCGGCCCAGCGGAGGUAUGAUGGAGCAGAUUCGGACGCCCAGGCUCGUCUAAGAUUUGAUCGAGCAUGGCUAUAUACCAUAACUCUUGAUUUCUUAGCGCGACUCAGUGCACCCAAAUUGAGUAAUUCCCUAGAUAUGGUCUAUUGCGAACGCUUCGUGGAGUUCUUGGUCGACCUGUUGAGCCAGUUGCCCACACGUCGUUAUACAAACCCGUUGUUUCAGGACUUGAAUGUCCUGCCGAUGAUUCGGAAGUCAAACCUUUUCGCUAGAGAGGAGGGCGCUCUAUUACGAGAUCUUGGUAUCCUCUUGGAACAUUUCCAGACUUUUGCAAUCGACGACCUUGGGAACAUCGAAGCCGGCCCAGAAGGCAUGCGUAAGUCGCAUUACGAGGCCCUUGCGCGCCUGCAGAAGGUGGCAUUUCAACAUUUUGAGGGGAAACUGAAGGUACUGGCCUUGUCAAACUAUGGUUCAAUUGACAACCGCAAGGAUCUGGAGUCUCACUUCACCAACCUCGACGAUACCGAGCUCCAGCAACUGUGUGCAUUGCUCGGAUUCCGAACAAGCUAUCCCAACUCUACCGGUCUCAAAGCUGACCGAAACGUGCUUCUGGAGACUUUACUGUCCUCAUUUUCAAAGUCUCGCAACUUCCAGGAGCUAAUAACUAGGUUCUCUGUCCUGCCCACCGAAUCAACCCUAUACGAUCCUUCCCUACUUCGGAAUGACUAUUAUGACGGAUCCAGACCCCUUGCUCUUCCGAAGCUAAAUCUACAAUAUCUGACUCUUAGCGAUUUCUUGUGGAAAGCCUUCCAACUCUACCAAGCUGAAGCCUACUAUGGGAUCCGAAAAGACAUGGAGAGCAUUGUGAGGCGCCUAAAAGCAAAACCAAGUCGUGAACCUGGGAAGACCAUGUUUGAAGGGUUUUCAAAGAUGGCCAUGGCUAUAGACAAGCCCGCUAUUAUUGAAGUCGGGCCACCAAAGGUCGGCUCAACGAAUCCAAGCUUUGUCCGUGCCGAGGUCAUUCUCGAUGUUAGCCGGCUGAACGACAAUGUUAGAAAGGAAUGGGACUCUCUAAAGCAACAUGAUACUGUUUUCCUUCUGACGGUGGCAGCGCUCGAUACCAGGCGAUCUCUCACCAACGAAAUCCUUCAAGCCGAUGACGAGCAACAGAGGCCAUUCACAAGACUUCGAUCAGCCGAAGUCGUACAAGUCUUGGAUGAGAACAGCCGCCCACUACGAGACAUUCAAGCAAAUGGAUUUGCCUCUAGACCCCGGCGGAGACGACUUCUCCUUGAUCUUGACCCAGUUGCCUUUCAGAACGACAAGCAGCUCCUGGCCCGGAGCAAGCAGGACAUCUACGCAUCAAUCAAUGUAAUUGCACGGCGAUCAAACCGUGAGAACAAUUUCCGGCCAGUUCUGGAAACCAUUCGAAAACUUGUUUCCUCAAAGGCAGAAUUACCAUCGUGGCUUCAUGAUGUGUUUUUGGGGUAUGGCGAUGCCAAAAGCGCAACAUACCCUGCUGUGGAUGCUCGUUUGGAGUCGCUCGACUAUCUAGACACAUUUAUCGACUGGCAGCACUUGUCUGAAAGCUUUCCAGGGACGAUGAUUGCAACCCCCACAGGCGACAGUGCGCCUCUUCAACCUCCCUAUGUUCUCAAAUUGGGGACACCAGAAAAUGCAGAACUUCCGAAGAACCCGAAGAAACGACGCCGAGAACAAAUGGAACAAGACUCAUCGGUAUCCAUCUCUGUCUCAUCUUACAAGCCUCGCAACACUGGACCCUAUCCUGUCGACGUACCGAAAAAGAACGCAAUACGCUUCACGCCAAAGCAAGUUCAGGCUAUCGUAUCUGGCUCUCAACCAGGUCUCAGCCUUGUAGUCGGGCCACCCGGAACUGGAAAAACCGAUGUGGCUACCCAGAUCAUCAAUCUCUUAUAUCACAACUUCCCAUCUGAGAGAAUUCUUCUUGUUGCGCACAGCAAUCAAGCACUCAACCAACUAUUCCAGAAGAUUGUCGCACUUGACAUUGACCCACGUCACCUACUUCGCUUGGGCCACGGUGAAGAGGAGCUAGAUACCGAGACCUCCUACAGUAAAUAUGGCCGUGUGGAAUCAUUCCUUGAGAAUCGCCAAACCUACUUGGCAGAAGUCAAUCGGUUGGCUGCGUCGAUCAAUGCAGAAGGGGCACAUGGUGCGUCUUGUGAGACAGCAGAUUAUUUCAACCAAGUCUAUAUCAAACCGGCGUGGUUGCGUUUCUGGGACUUGGCGAAUUCUGACCAGGCUGGAGCUGAAGAUAUCCUGGCUGGAUUUCCAUUCUAUAAGUAUUUCAGCAAUGCACCUGUUGCUACACUAUUUCCUGCGGAUGGAUCCAUCGAGGAACUUCGAGAUGUUGCAGCUGGGUGCGAACAUCACAUCAACAAGAUCUUCUCCGAGCUCGAGUCAAUCCGGCCAUUUGAGAUAUUGCGCAGCAAUCGCGACCAAGCCAACCACCUUCUUGUCAAGGAGGCCAGAGUUAUCGCCAUGACCUCAACCCAUGCAGCAAUGCGACGAGCCGAAAUUGCAGACUUGGGUUUCCGCUACGAUACCUUGAUCAUGGAAGAAGCAGCGCAAAUCACUGAGAUUGAGUCAUUCAUCCCUUGUGCGAUGCAGAACCCAGAUGCACGAACCGGCGAGCUUCCACUGAAACGAAUUGUACUUGUGGGAGACCAUCUGCAGAAUUCUCCGAUCAUUCAGAACCUAGCAUUGCGUGAAUAUGCCAAUUUUGAACAAUCACUAUUCCUCCGACUGAUCCGGCUGGGGGUGCCGGCCGUUCACUUGGACCGACAAGGGCGAUGUCGGCCAUCGAUUGCCGAAUUGUUCAAAUGGCGAUACAACCAGCUAGGCAACCUCCCACAUCUCUUGAGCGAGGCAGAAUUCUCGCGGGCCAACGCAGGAUUCCGAUACGAGUACCAGUUCAUCGACGUGCCCGAGUAUCAAGGCCAAGGAGAACGGGAACCCACGCCACACUUCAUCCAGAACUUAGGCGAAGCUGAAUAUGCGGUUGCGCUGUAUCAAUACAUGCGACUACUAGGUUACCCAGCGCGGUCGAUCACCAUUCUUGCGGCGUACGCUGGCCAACGGGCGCUGAUCGCAGAUGUGCUGUCGCACAGAUGUAAGAAUAACCGACUCUUCGGGCUGCCCAAGAUGGUGACCACGGUGGACAAGUACCAAGGCGAGCAGAAUGACUAUGUCAUUGUAUCGAUGACGCGGACUAAGUCGGUCGGCUACCUCCGAGACGUGCGACGGCUGACGGUGGCCUUGUCACGAGCGCGACUGGGUCUCUACAUCCUCGGUCGCCGCGAGCUCUUCGAGACCUGUUUCGAGAUGAAGCCCGCCAUGGACAUUCUUUUCAAGCGUCCAGAUCGUCUCGUCUUGACCACAGGCGAAGUGUUCCCAGCAUCUCGCUCCGUCUCCGACGACGAUGUCCCCAACGUCGCUGAAAUGACUGGCGUCGAACAUCUCGGUCAAUACGUCUAUGAAAUGACCCAGGCCAAGGUCAAAGCUUUGGGCGGGCAAGUCGUUGUCGAUGCUGAUGCUAGUGCUGACGCGGUGGGCGACGAGGACCAACCUUUGGAGGAAUUGGACGACGAAGAGGAUCUUGUUCAACAAGACGUUGCAUGAUCAGCAGCACAAACCACGGGAAGGAGAUAGGAUGGUGUUUUGAUAUAUGUCUGAUUGUAUGAGUAGGUACUGAAACGAAGUUCUCGUCAUCUAAGACAAUAGAUCGCUCGAGAUUGAAGCACUGCUUCCUUGACUAGAU